AUGGCCAACGAUACAACAGUUGAGGACCCACAAAAGAACCAGAAUCACUCAAACCAUUCGAGAUCAAAUCGUGACUCUUUGAUGAAUAUCAGAGAUGAAGCAAAUUCAAACAGCCCUUCAAUGUUAAGCAAUCCCAUCUUGAAUACAAAAAUUAAGUCUGGUCAAACCACUGUUUCUAAACUCAACUCCAAGAAUCAGCAUGCCCAUUCCCGGAACCACGCCUCAAGCCGUACAGCCUCUCAUAACCCUACUUAUAAAAACACUAAAUCGGUGAUCAGCUUCCUAAAAUACCACACUCGAAACCACAGUUCUGAUAAAGCCUCCACUGCUUGCUCUAAAAGGGAGCCACCAGGGCUCCCCAUAUGCUAUCAAGGACAAAGAGAUUGGAGCAAGGACUGCAAAGGAGUUUCCUUUACUUCAAGUAUCAGGAAAAAUAAGUUAUUUCUAAAUUGCUCAGGCACUCCCGGACCUGGCACAUAUGGGGGUAACUAUUUCUUUGGAAAAUGCUCUAAAGCUGCUACUUUGAAAAGCAAGAUUACUAUUAAAAAUCCUCAAGACGAAAUUCCUGGUCCUGGUCACUACAAAAUCUAUCAGAAUGACGAAGACCCUGAGCUCAAAGCGUUCCUCAAUCUCAGGUUUGGUAGGAGCAAUUCUGGGCUGAAAAUUUCACGUAACAGAGAAAUGGAAAGGCUGCAUAAGAGUUUUGAGGAAAAGAGACUGCCACCAAACGCGACAAAGUAUUCUCCAAACUAUUCCCAUGUGCUUCCCUCAGUGCAUAAAUGAAGUUUUGGGAAAUCUGGUAAAAGCCAAUUCCUAAAACAAAUUUAUCAAAAAUAAAUACGAACCUGGCCCUGGAGCUCAUGAAGUCCGGAGACAAGUUUCAGGCCCUUCAUUCAGUAUCUCCUGGAAGCCCAAAAGGAACUCCAGUAAUGGCGUUCCAGGCCCUGGAGAGUACACUAUCAAGAGAGGAUUCAUCCCUCGCACAGAAAAAGCUCCCUCUGAAUAUAUUAUUGAAAAAGAUUCAGACUCCAGGCAUUCUUAUCUCAAAAAGACAGGGAAUAUUGAUUAUCUAGGUAGUUAUUACAGAACUCCAAUCGAUUAUAACAGAUAAGAAGCAACCACAAGCUUGUAAGGGUCUUAUUUUUGAGGAAUAAGACCAUCGAUACCAUAAAUAACAAGAUCGGUU